ACCGAUAGUACUUUAGCUGUGAGCUUUAGAAUGUGGGAAUCUCUAGAUAUAAAGAGAAUAUGGGUCACCACCUCACAGUGGGAUAUUACUACUAGUAAGAAAGACUUCUUAUUUGAUAACUUGUAUGGGGUAUUUGCUUUUGGACACCACCAUGGUGAGAUUUCUGGUUUUAAAAAUUUUGUCCAGACAUUGAACCUGUUAAAAUAUUCAGAUGAAUAUCUGGUAAAGCUGGAAUGGAUGUACUUUAACUGUGAAGUCUUAGCACUUAAAUGUAAGACACUGAAGAACUGCUCAUCAAAUCACUCAUUGGAAUGGUUAAUGGGACAUACUUUUGACAUGACCUUUACUGAAGGAAGUUAUGCCAUAUACAAUGCUGUGUAUGCUGUUGCCCAUGCACUCCAUGAGCUGACUUUUCAAAAAUUUGAUAAUCUGCCCACUGACAAUGGGAAAGAACAAAAUUAUAUCUGCAACAAGCUGGUUUCCUUUCUGAGAAAGUUCCACUUCAAUAAUCCUGUUGGGGACAAAGUGAAUAUGAACCAAAGAAACAAGCUGCAGGAAAAUUAUGACAUUUUCUACGUUUGGAGUUUUCCACAGGGACUUGGACUUAAAGUGAAAAUAGGAAUAUUUAGUCCCUCUUUUAUAAGUGGUCAACAGCUUCAUUUGUCUGACGAUAUGAUAGAGUGGGCAAGAGGAAGCAUACAGAUGCUGACCUCUGUGUGCAGUGCUGAUUGUGGUCCAGGAUUUAGAAAAUUCAGGAAGAAUGGAAUGCCAGCCUGCUGUUUUGAUUGCAUUCCCUGCCCAGAAAAUGAAAUUUCUAAUGAGACAAAUGUGGAGUUGUGUGUCCCGUGUCCAGAAGACCAAUAUGCUAAUACAGAGCAGAAUCACUGCAUUCAUAAAGCUAUUAUAUUUCUCACUUAUAAAGACCCCUUGGGGAUGGCACUUUCCUUAAUGGCAUUGUGCUUCUCUGCAUUUACAGCUGUUGUUAUUUUGGUCUUUGUGAAGCACCACAGUACUCCCAUAGUUAAGGCCAAUAACCGCACUCUUACCUACAUCUUGCUCAUCUCCCUCAUUUUUUGUUUCCUCUGCCCCUUGCUCUUCAUUGGCCAUCCAGACUCAGCCACCUGCAUCCUACAGCAAAUCACAUUUGGAGUUGUAUUCACUGUGGCUGUUUCCACUGUGCUGGCCAAAACAAUUACUAUUAUACUGGCAUUCAGAGUCACAGCCACUCAAAGAAUGAUGAAGUACUUUCUUGUUUCAGGGGCAUCUAACUAUAUCAUUCCCAUCUGUACUCUCAUCCAAGUUAUUGUUUGUGCAGUCUGGCUAGGAGCUUCUCCUCCUUCUGUUGAUAUUGAUGCACAAUCUGAGCAUGGACAUAUCAUCAUUGUUUGUAACAAGGGUUCAGUCAAUGCCUUUUACUGUGUCCUGGGAUACCUGGCCUGCCUGGCCUUUGGGAGCUUCACUCUGGCUUUCCUUUCCAGAAACCUGCCCAGCGCCUUCAGUGAAGCCAAAUCCAUAACAUUCAGCAUGCUGGUGUUCUGCAGUGUCUGGGUUACUUUCCUUCCUGUUUACCAUAGCACCAAAGGCAAGGUCAUGGUGGCUGUUGAGAUCUUCUCCACUUUGGCUUCCAGUGCAGGGAUGCUGAUAUGCAUCUUUGUUCCCAAAUGUUACACAAUACUGUUUAAACCAGACAGAAAUUCACUUCAAAUGAUCAGGAAGAAAUCAUCUUCCCAUACUCACCUUUCAUAA